AAAGCACCUUCCCAGGUCCCCAUCCUUUUAUCAUUUUCUCCAAAACGACAAGAAACCUGGCAAAUCUUGGAGGCUUGAGAGCCCGCUUGUCUUUGAAGCAAGCUGUAUCGGAUUGCCAAGACGACGACGAAGACUGUCGCCCUUGGCGUCAUAGGCUUUCCUCUUCUAUGGCUUCUUUUUCAUGGGCUUCUCUUCUUAGGAUCACCAUCUUUCUUCUCCUUGUUGCCGCUGCUGUUUUUGCCUUCUUCACUCUCCCUGUUGAAAAGAUUUUGAAGGAUUUCUUGUUAUGGGUUGAGCAGGAUCUCGGGCCUUGGGGUCCCCUCGUACUGGCCAUUGCAUAUAUUCCUCUAACAAUCUUGGCUGUUCCAGCUUCAGUGCUUACUCUUGGUGGUGGAUAUCUUUUUGGGUUGCCUGUGGGCUUUGUUGCCGAUUCUAUUGGCGCCACAGUUGGUGCUGGGGCAGCAUUUCUUCUAGGAAGAACAAUUGGUAGAUCUUUCGUUGUCUCCAAGUUGAAGGAUUACCCGAAGUUUAGUUCAGUUGCAAUUGCUAUUCAGAAGUCUGGCUUCAAGAUUGUUCUGCUGCUUCGACUUGUUCCUUUACUGCCUUUCAACAUGCUGAAUUACCUGCUGUCCAUCACUCCUGUUCCAAUAGGGGAAUACAUGCUGGCUUCCUGGAUAGGAAUGAUGCCAAUAACCCUUGCUUUAGUGUACAUUGGAACGACACUCAAGGAUCUUUCUGAUGUGACUCAUGGGUGGAGUGAGUUUUCAACUACUCGUUGGGUUCUUAUUGUAUUGGGCCUUGUUGUAUCUGUGGUUCUUAUGUUCUGUGUUACUAAAGUCGCCAAGUCUGCUUUGGAUAAAGCUUUGGCUGAAAACGAGGAUCUAGAUGUCAUUUUGGCAUCACCUCAAUUGCCCAUUGUGGCAGAUACUUCUGUUAAUCUGAACCAGCCUCUCAUUAUCAAGAUCGACCCGUCUGAAGAUAACCAUGAACAAUGAGAUUCUUAAUUUGUGUAAAUUCUUUUCCUACCGCAUUUAAAGGCAAUACUCUUAUUUUAGUUUGCCAUUUAGUGCCCGUUAUUUGUUAUUCUGCUUAUUUGUACAGUAGAAAUCUUUUACAAAAAAAGUAAAAAACAAAUAAAAAUGUAGGUUUGGGGUGUAAGUGGUUGAUCGGCAUUUGUUGAAGUGAGCCUAUAAUUACCGAAGAAUGAAUGAUAUAAUAUUGUCUUCAAUGCGAUUUGCCGCAUUUGGAACAA